AUACUUUCCGUCGCCAUCUCGCCCGACGAAACCGUCUUUGCUUCUGGGCAAGGAGGCGCAGCUAAGGACAUUCUAUUGCAUUCCACUGUCGACGGCCGCUCUUUGCGCACACUGUGUGGCCACACGUCAAAGGUGCGGUCUCUUGAUUUCUCUCCCGACACUACUACACUUGCAUCCGGCUCAGCAGACUAUACCAUCAUCCUGUGGGAUGUGGCGAGUGGUUCCACGCUCCACACCUUGAAAGGACACUCCAACGAGGUGUACGGCCUUAGAUACUCCCCCGAUGGCCAGCAGAUAGCCAGCUGUGGCAAGGACCAUAGCAUCCGCGUCUGGGACCUAGCUGGCGCGGCCGAGCCUCAACAUUCCUCGGUUGUACGCUCCGUGGCGUUCACACCUGACGGACGCAUUCUUGCUACCGGCUCGCGAGACACUACGAUUCGUCUAUGGGAUACAGCGAACGGUGCUCAGUUGCGAGUACUCGAAGGUCAUCAAGGCGUGGUCUCGUACCUAUCACUCUCUCCCGAUGGAAAGAAACUGCUUUCAUCAGAAUAUCAGCUCAGCACGCCUAGGAAUACCACUCUUCAUCUGUGGGAUGUGGAGAGUGGUCGUUGCGAACAGACCUUCACCGGACACGAAGACGGCGUACGGACGGCGAAGUUCUUUGCGGACGGGAAACGAGUGGUUUCGUGUUCAUUCGAUCACAGCAUCCGUGUAUGG